AUGGAAUCCCAACAAUUAUCUAAUUACCCACAUAUAUCUCAUGGUAGCGCCUGUGCUUCGGUUACUUCUAAGGAAGUCCACACAAAUCAAGAUCCGUUAGACGUUUCAGCUUCCAAAAUUCAAGAAUAUGAUAAGGCUUCCACUAAGGCUAACUCUCAACAGACAACAACACCUGCUUCAUCAGCUGUUCCAGAGAACCUCCAUCAUGCCUCUCCUCAACCUGCUUCAGUACCACCUCCACAGAAUGGGCCGUACCCACAGCAGUGCAUGAUGACCCAAAACCAAGCCAAUCCAUCUGGUUGGUCAUUUUACGGACACCCAUCUAUGAUUCCGUAUACACCUUAUCAAAUGUCGCCUAUGUACUUUCCACCUGGGCCACAAUCACAGUUUCCGCAGUAUCCAUCAUCAGUUGGAACGCCUCUGAGCACUCCAUCACCUGAGUCAGGUAAUACAUUUACUGAUUCAUCCUCAGCGGACUCUGAUAUGACAUCCACUAAAAAAUAUGUCAGACCACCACCAAUGUUAACCUCACCUAAUGACUUUCCAAAUUGGGUUAAAACAUACAUCAAAUUUUUACAAAACUCGAAUCUCGGUGGUAUUAUUCCGACAGUAAACGGAAAACCCGUACCACCAAUGUUAACCUCACCUAAUGACUUUCCAAAUUGGGUUAAAACAUACAUCAAAUUUUUACAAAACUCGAAUCUCGGUGGUAUUAUUCCGACAGUAAACGGAAAACCCGUACGUCAGAUCACUGAUGAUGAACUCACCUUCUUGUAUAACACUUUUCAAAUAUUUGCUCCCUCUCAAUUCCUACCUACCUGGGUCAAAGACAUCCUAUCCGUUGAUUAUACGGAUAUCAUGAAAAUUCUUUCCAAAAGUAUUGAAAAAAUGCAAUCUGAUACCCAAGAGGCAAACGACAUUGUGACCCUGGCAAAUUUGCAAUAUAAUGGCAGUACACCUGCAGAUGCAUUUGAAACAAAAGUCACAAACAUUAUCGACAGACUGAACAAUAAUGGCAUUCAUAUCAAUAACAAGGUCGCAUGCCAAUUAAUUAUGAGAGGUCUAUCUGGCGAAUAUAAAUUUUUACGCUACACACGUCAUCGACAUCUAAAUAUGACAGUCGCUGAACUGUUCUUAGAUAUCCAUGCUAUUUAUGAAGAACAACAGGGAUCGAGAAACAGCAAACCUAAUUACAGGAGAAAUCCGAGUGAUGAGAAGAAUGAUUCUCGCAGCUAUACGAAUACAACCAAACCCAAAGUUAUAGCUCGGAAUCCUCAAAAAACAAAUAAUUCGAAAUCGAAAACAGCCAGGGCUCACAAUGUAUCCACAUCUAAUAACUCUCCCAGCACGGACAACGAUUCCAUCAGUAAAUCAACUACUGAACCGAUUCAAUUGAACAAUAAGCACGACCUUCAUCUUAGGCCAGAAACUUACUGA